CCACGUCCCCACGCUCCCUCACGACCACGCACAUCCGCCUUUGCUCAGUACUCGACGUCCCACGCAGUAUGGCAGGACCCAGCGCCCCCGCUGCGACCGCGCAGACGUCGCGCCGCCGACCACCUCCAACCGGCGACGAGGAAGCGACCGCGGUGCUCAAACUCGGGAACAUGACCAACGAGCAAGCCCUUUCUCCUGCGGAAGUCACACUCAUGCUUGAGCGAAUCGAGGAACACGGUGAACGCCGCAACCAGACCGAGAUUUACUACAAGACCAAGGAAUACUGCAGGGCUUUCAGCAGAUUCAAGGAUGCAAAUGCGAUCACGCAGGUCAAUCAAAUCAGUACACAGUUGACGCAGCGAGGCUAUGGGAUAGUGGAAUUCGAGAGGGCGCAACUAGCAACGCUAUGUUGCGAUGCUGCCGAAGAAGCUCGCACGCUCAUUCCUUCAUUGGAGGGCAAGAUCAGCGACGAUGAGCUCCAGGCGGUUCUCGACGAGAUCUCCAAGUUGCGCGAUUUCUCGUAAGCGACACGACGAGCAUACCCUGGUGAUUUAGCGCGGCGUUGAAGGACAUAUUUUCACACCUGUGGCUUGCAGCUUUGGGACUUCAUGGGCAAAAUACUCAACUUGCGUUGAUCAGAAAGGUGCGGACACGAAAGGCGGACGAGGCCAAUGUUAUUUGCACGAGACCCGGGCUCUAUUUGACCCACUACACUCGAUGGCUUCACCAAUACAGUCUUCCU